GGCGGCGGCGGCGGCGGCGGCGGAAUCGGAUCCACUACACUAUCGCACGCAUUGAUAGGUCAGGAAGGGUACAGCGGCUUGCUGUGUUCGCGGUUAUCUCUGCGAGUGCAGUGCAGACGUGGAAGCAUUGGCUCCGUUCUUUUUCCAUGCUCCGCUCGCCAAUUUCGAGAGUACAACGAAAAGAAGCAUACCACUGGAUCCACGAAGCGAAGGCGAAUCGACUGGCACCAAGAUUCGAGUAGGAUUCAUGCGAUGGACCUCUAUUACCUGACGGCGUUUCUACUCGCUUCGGUGGCGGCGCGAUGUCCAAAGCCGAAGCCACACAUUGUGUUGUUCCUUGCCGAUGACCUGGGAUGGGCCGACGUGAGCUUCCACGGCUCGUCUCAGAUCCCGACGCCCAACUUGGAUGCCUUGGCUGCCGAGGGUGUGAUAUUGAACAACUACUACGUCCAACCGCUGUGUACUGCAUCAAGGGCUGCCCUCAUGACGGGACUUUAUCCCAUACGCACAGGCAUGCAGGGCUUUCCCAUUGGCGUAGCUCAGCCGUGGGGGCUGCCCGAGAACAUACGCAUUAUGCCUCAGUACCUCAAGGAACUUGGAUAUGAAACUCACCUGGUCGGAAAGUGGCACCUGGGUUAUUACAAGGAAUGUAUGACUCCAAAGCACCGCGGCUUCGACAGUUUUUACGGCUUCUACAACGGAGCAGAGGACUACUACACCCACAACAUCACCUACGAGAACCACAAGGGUCAUGACAUCUGGUUAAACAAUCAGCCGUUGUUCACGGACAAGGGAACGUACUCUAGUUCCCUUUACACAAGGAGGGCAGAGUACAUCAUCAAGAAUAGGAGAGAGUGUCAGCCCAUUCUUCUUGUGAUGAGCUACCAGUCGGCCCACUCGUCAGGGGAAGUAGAGGCCUUCCAAGCGCCACAGCAAAACAUUGAAAAGUUUCCGUACAUAGGAGAAGAGAACAGAACAAUUUAUGCUGCGAUGGUGGACACCUUGGACCAGUCAGUCGGCCAGGUGGUCAAGGCAUUAAAUGAUGCACACAUGCUGGAAAACACCGUCAUCGUCUUUAGCAGCGAUAAUGGCGGCGGACCUUACGGCCCUUUCGAAAGCCGUGGAUUUAACUGGCCACUUCGUGGAGCGAAAGGCACGCUCUGGGAAGGAGGAACGAGGGCGGCCGCUUUCGUCUGGAGCCCCCUACUUUCUCGGAGGCGAAGGGUGUCCAGCGAACUGAUGCACAUCACGGACUGGUUGCCUACGUUCUACACGAUAGCAGGAGGCGACGCUGAUAAGCUUGAAUUGGACGGAUACGAUAUGUGGCGGCAGCUGUCCUUCGGUGCGAAAUCCCGUCGCGUCGAACUGCUCUACAACUACGACUACACGUUUUCGAAUGCCGCUGCCCUCCAGAACUCGCGGUACAAGCUUGUUCUAGACAGUACUGGUUACUUCAACGAGCGCUACACCAUACCGGGCGGUCGCAAUCCAUGCCGAGACCUCGACAGCCUGCUCCACCAAUCAACAGUAGCCGGUGUACUGAGGAACUUGUACAGGAAGAACCAGCUGGCAUUGUCCAAAAAUUGGAGGGAGAAGGCAACGCUUGGAUGCGGUAGAGUAAAAUCAAACUUCUCACCAGAUGACUGUGUAUACCUUUUUGAUAUCGUCAACGACCCCUGCGAGUUGAACAAUUUGGCCAGCGCACUUCCAAAAGUGGUGGCAUCCCUAAUGAAGCGGAUCGACGUAUACAAAGCAAGUGCCGUACCUACGCGGAACAAUCUGACCAUUGAUCCUUACAGUUUUCCCGAGAAUCACAACGGCGUUUGGGCGCCCUGGGUGAUUUCAUAGUGACCAACAUCAGCCGUUGAUUGGGGCACGUGCACCGGUACUACCACGUUUCGCCGAGCAGUGAUAUCACCAUUGUUUGGCUGUCGACACUUUGAUGAUCCGUGGAUAUGGCAAAUAUUAAAGCCUUCUAUUAGAGUUAUUUCGGAA